UUGUAUGUUAAUUAUAAUUCAAUAAAAAUGGUUUAAAAUUUUUUUUCAAGAAGAAGCUUAAGCAGAUUCAUGGAUGAUAAUUCUGUACGAGAAUAAGAAGUUUUUUCUUGUUCCUUUAAUUUUAAGGUUCUAUGUUUGUUUUUUAUUUGUUGUUACUUCAAAAGACCAAAUGGUAUGAUGCACAUAUACUCAGUAAAUGAGCAUGUAGUCUUUCCUCUUAGAACCUUAAUAAUUAAUAUUAAUCCAUAUUAACAAGGAAAAUUUUGAAAUGGACAAUGAAAGGAUAACAUUUUAUGUGUGAGGAAGAAUAUUAUGUGGUUGAUGAAAAAGUUAAAAUUGACAGCAAAAAAUAUUUUGACUAGCAUUCCCAAAGAGUUCAUUGAUUAGAAGAUUUGCUUCGGGGUUCUGGACCAAGUAUUCCACAACUGCAUCACAGAUAGCUUGGUUUGUUAUCUAGACCAAGUCACCCAAUUUACUUUGGAUUUUAGUUUUCUGGUUUGUGAAAUUAGGGAGUUGCACAAAAUGACUUGGGUUUCUUUUGGUGUAUCGUAACCAAAAUGCUGUACUUCUCCUCAAGUGAAGUGAUGGGACACUGAAGCUUAUAAUUAUGUUAUGAAGUACUUUAUACUGUGAGUGACAUACAUGUGAAUGUAUAGCGAAGACGAAUAAAUUCUAAAUAAGCACACGAUGAAUUCUGCAAAAUGAAUUCUAACAUUAGCAAACGCUUCCUCGGAGUUCUCUCACCUAAUUAUGAACAGUAAAACAUUAUAAACAAUAAAGGCAGAGGUAAAAUCUAACCAAAAAGUUCAAUGUUCUCCAAAGUCAUGUUAAUCAAAUCCGGUGAUGAGUCAAUGAAGAUCAUAUGACUGAAAGAAAAGGAAAAAUCUAUUUUAUUCCUGUGGUAAGAGGAAGCUGGAUACCACUAGAAAUUUCUGCAAGCUUUAGGAGAAGAAGAGUUCAGUUCUGAACACAGUAAUCACUUUAGAUGCUCUGAAGACCAUUGGAUGGAAUGUAGGUUAAGCCAUCCUACCCACAAAGUAAGACCUGAGAGAAGGGAAUGAACGGUUUUUACCUGGUGGAGACAUUUCCUUGACGUUGUCCCUCGUGCUUGAAAAGUGGUGAUUAAAACUGGCCUGAGGAGUGAAAAACAGGAUUGCUGUAGAAGCGGGAAAAAGUCAGUGAUAGAACUCUACUCCAGAAGUUGCUGUGCCGGAUAUAGAAGAUCCUAUUCCUUUUCUCUGUGUCAUCUUGUUUUUAAUUAUAAAUCAUGGGGGACGAAGAUAAAGCAAUUGAACAUGAAGAUUUGGAACCAUCUAUAGGAAUGGAUCACACAGCCUCUACAUAUCAAGAAACACAGGAGGAAACAGUUAUGAAUGCCAGGGGAAUAGAUGCAAAAGAACCAACAGAAGGAAGUAACCUACUGAAUAGCAGUGAAAAAAAGCUACAAGAAAGACCAACUGAAUCAAAUAAUUUGCAAAGACUAAGACAAAUAUUUGCUUGCCCUCCACAUGGUUUACUGGAUAGAGGAAUAACAAAUGUUACCAUGGUUGUUCUUCUCUGGGCUGUAGUUUGGUCAAUUACUGGUAGCGAAUGUCUUCCUGGAGGAAACCUAUUUGGAAUUAUAAUCCUAUUCUAUUGUGCCAUCAUUGGAGGUAAACUUUUGGGGUUGAUUAAAUUACCUACAUUGCCUCCUCUGCCUCAUCUUCUAGGCAUGCUGCUUGCUGGGUUUCUUAUCAGAAAUAUCCCUAUCAUCAGUGAUAAUGUACAGAUCAAGUACAAGUGGUCUUCCGCUUUGAGAAGCAUAGCCCUGUCUGUCAUAUUGGUCCGCGCUGGCCUAGGGCUUGAUUCAAAGGCCCUGAAGAAGUUGAAGGGUGUUUGUAUAAGAUUAUCCAUGUGUCCUUGUCUUGUGGAGGCCUGCACAUCUGCUCUCCUUGCCCACUUCCUAAUGGGUUUACCGUGGCAAUGGGGAUUUAUACUGGGUUUUGUUUUAGGUGCUGUAUCUCCAGCUGUCGUGGUACCUUCCAUGCUCCUUUUGCAGGAAGGAGGCUAUGGGGUUGAAAAAGGCAUCCCGACCUUGCUCAUGGCUGCUGGCAGUUUCGAUGAUAUUCUGGCUAUCACUGGCUUCAACACAUGUUUGGGCAUGGCCUUUUCCACAGGCUCCACAGUUUUUAAUGUUUUCAGAGGAAUCUUAGAAGUGGUCAUUGGUGUGGCAGCUGGAUCUCUUCUUGGAUUUUUUAUUCAGUACUUUCCAAGCAGUGACCAGGACAAACUUGUGUGGAAGAGAGCAUUUCUUGUUUUGGGGCUGUCUGUGCUAGCUGUGUUCAGUAGUGUGUAUUUUGGUUUCCCUGGGUCAGGAGGACUAUGCACAUUGGUCAUGUCCUUCCUUGCAAGCUUGAAAUGGGCCGGCGAAAAGGCAGAGGUUGAAAAAAUUAUCGCAGGUGCCUGGUACAUCUUUCAGCCCCUUCUCUUUGGACUGAUCGGAGCAGAAGUAUCUAUUGCAUCUCUCAGACCAGAAACUGUAGGCCUUUGUGUUGGCGUCCUGGGCAUUGCAGUAUUGAUACGAAUUUUGACUACCUUUCUGAUGGUGUGUUUUGCUGGCUUUAAUAUAAAGGAAAAGAUAUUUAUUUCUUUUGCAUGGCUUCCGAAGGCCACAGUCCAGGCUGCCAUAGGAUCUGUGGCUUUGGACACAGCAAGAUCACAUGGAGAGAGACAGUUAGAAGAAUACGGAAUGGAUGUGUUGACAGUGGCAUUUUUGUGCAUCAUCAUCACAGCCCCAAUUGGAAGUCUACUCAUUGGUUUGCUGGGCCCCAGGCUUCUCCAGAAAGCUGAACAUCGAAAUAAUGGUGAAGAAGUUCACGAAGAGACUUCUAUACAAGUUUAGAGGUGAAAAGAGAGAAUGUUGAAUAUAUAAUGAUCAGAAAGCUUCUAGCAGCUACUUUUACCAAUUAGCAGAGGCUAUGUAAUCUAGAUGCAUAUUGUGAUAUGUAAUAUUCACACUUUAAAUGUAAAAGAACCAAAAGUGUGGCUGUUUCUUUAAGGAGCAUUUUUAGCCAUUAUCCUUCUAUGUGGAUCGUAAUAUUCUACAUCUCCAACCUGAUUUCUUGACCGUUUUUGUUUUUUUUUUCCCCCAAAUACAUGUCUUCAUCAUGUAUCUUAAUUUGUUUAGGGACAUAUACACUAAAAUGUACUACCACAAUUUAAAAUCAACAUGGAAAAGAUCAAGUUCAGUGUCCUGUUCUACUAGCCAAUAGCUUGUUCUAACUUACUGUUAUUGUCAUAGUUUCAUGAUUAAUGGUCACCUGACUAGUCAUGCCUUGAAAUGUUUUUGGCUCCUCUUUUUUCUUUUUAAAUACUAUAACGCAACCCAUCAUCAGUUUCUACCCCUACUUCCUGUCCCAGUCAGUCUCUUCUCCAUUUCUACCUUUCUUGCUACCUUUCUGUGAAUUAUCGUAACCGUCCCACCAAAAUUUUCAAGUAUGCGAAGUGUCUUCAUUGGUUCUUCCUCUUGCACAUAUCUAGAUAUCAAAAGACCUUACCCUCUCUCUGAGGAGGCAACACAAGAGUCUCCCAUUUUAGUAGUUCAUCUGAGUUUGCCUUCCCCUAAGGAGUGCCCUGAUUCAGCCCUUUCUUACUUGUUUCUUGUGAACCACAUCUUUGGGCUCUUCCUCUUGUCUUUGUAAGAGAUAGUUAAUUUACAAAUCUAUGCUAGACUUAUCAACAUAAUAUUAAUUAGGGUAAGGCAAGCUGCUAUAAUGAAGAAACAAAAAAUACAGUACUCAGAAUAGAAAUUUAUUUCCCUCUCAUGAAACUGACUGACUGGUUGAUGCUAAUGGGAUUACUUGACUCAUGAGUCUGCUCAUAGAUCCAUGUCCUUCUAUCUUGAGGCUCUGACAUGCAGUAAGCCCUAGUUUAAGAUGUAGGUUAAAGGUGAAUCUCUCCCAUGUCUCCUUUCUAGACUUCAGGAAGUGGAGGGGGCAAUCCAAGGCAAGCAAUUUAUUUUUGAGGAAGUGAUAUGGAAUUUGGCCACAUCUCUCCUUUUGCAUUCUACUAGUGAUGACAACACCCAGCUCUGAGGAAGUCUCAAAGUAUUGCCUCCUACUAACCAUUUUUUAGUGAGAUUCCUAGGAGGAAGGAAAGAUCAGAUUUGGGAGAUAGGAGUACCACUGUAUUGAGUGUUACCAUCACUUAGUAGCAUAAUCUUGCAUGUUAAGAGGCUUUCUACAGAUUGUACCUUAAACCCAAAGAGUGAUUUCUGUGGCAAGACACUGUGGCAUGCCUGUGAAAAGAUAGUAAAGAAAGACUUAUGGGAUCCCUGGGUGGCUCAGUGGUUCAGUGUUUGCCUCCGGCUCAGGGUGUGAUCCUGGAAUCCCAGGAUCAAGUCCCACAUCCGGCUCCCCACAGGGAGCUGCCUGCUUCUCCCUCUGCCUAUAUCCCUGCCUCUCUCUCCCUCUGGUCUCUCAUGAAUAAAUAAAUAAAAAUCUUUAAAAAAAGAAAAGACUUCUCUACAUAGAUCACAUUUUAUCCCACUUAUUCAACAGACCGUCUCUGCUUUUGUGCAUCACAUUUAAGUUCUUCUUGACACUAAGGCGACUCCUGCGCAGUUGCUAGAAUAAUCAUGUUUGAAUAUAGUACACAGCUUUUCUCAUGGUGUAUGUAUACCUGAAGCAUUUAUUACUCAUAUCUCAUCUAAACUCUUUAAUCUAGAUUCCAAAGUUCAGUCUAAUUUUGAAGUAAACAUUAAAUAUAUGUGUUAAAUGAAUCGAUUCUAAAUAUUCUGAUCCUACUAAGCUGAUCUGUAUGAAGCCUGUCCAUUCCUCUCUUGACCUUAGACUACCUUCCAGACCCUUUCUCCAUGACUUUCACCUCUGUUCAAAACCAGCUUAAUUUUUAUUAAGCUAACAUAAUAUGAAGCUAUAACAGCUUAAUUUUUACAUUAACUUGACUUUAGUUAUGCUUUGGUACUGCGCUUUCUUCUAGUUUAUGCUCUUUAUUUUUUUCCCUUUUUAAAAAAAUGUAAAUUCAAUUUGUCAACAUAUAGUAUAACACUCAGUGCUCAUUGCAUCGAAUGCCCUCCUUAUAGUAUAUGCUCUUUAUUUGGAUUGGGUUAAUUUAUACCAAAAAUCAGAUGGAUAUUUCAAACUAAACUUAAUUGGUUAGGUACACCUUGGUGGUAGCGACAUAAACCUAAUGCUCAUCUGGUCCUCUCCUUUUAUAGGCUUUAAAACCAGAUUCAUUCAACAAAUACUUAGUGAAAGCUUAGGAAUACCUAGGCUCAUCCUCAGAACUGUUACUGUUUCUGUCCUUAAGGAUCUGACAGUCUGAUAGAGGAGACAAUUAAAUAAGACAUUUCAAAACAGUAUAAUUAAGUUCUAUGAUGCAGGAAAUACGGGAGUGUUAGGGGGCUCAUAACAGGAAUACCCACCCAAUCCAGGGGUGGUGCAGUUUAGGUACGGUUUCCAGAGAAAGUAGAGUCUUGGCUAGGAUGUGAGGGAUGAAGACUGAGACAGAAAAACCCAUGCAACACAGAAGGGUGCUGCAUUUAAUGCUAGGUCCCACAUUUUCUAGUAGUUUUUGUCAAAGAAACAGGCUUUGAAUGCUUGUUAACUUAUACAAAAUACAGUUAAUAUAGGUAAAUGAGAAUGUUGUUAUAAGUAUUCAAGAACCCAAAGAAGAAUGAGAAGUGGAAAUUCAGUGUAGAAGUGGUGGAAGAGGCCAUUCAGCUGCUGCCAAUAGCCUGUUUCAUUGUGGAGAGUAUGCAGCAAGUUCUGUUCUCCCUUUCCUCGGUAGGUGGCCACCAUCUAAAUCUCUGUAACUGUCCCAUAUGGGCCUGUGCAGAGCUCACCAUUGAAGUCUCUGGUUUAUCACCACAUUGUGAGCCACAGCUGUUGACUUGGUUGACGAACUCAGAGUUAGCAUGAUACAGUGUUGACUCAAGCCAACCAAACUUCCCCAACUCAACCAUAGAUAGGAACAAUUACUCCAACCUCUGAGUCUCUGAAAAAGGGAUGUAUGUACUCCAUACAUACUUCUGUCAAAGCACUUACAGCCCUUUUUCAAUUUGUUUAUAUGCUUGUUUCCUAUGAAGUCAGCUCCUUAGGGGUGAGAGCCUUGUCUUGGUAAUCUUUGUCCUCAGUACUUUGCACGGGGCAUGAAACACAAUAGGCAUUUAAUAAACAUGUAUUGACUGAAUCACUGAGGGGAUCCUCUUCCAGUACAGAAAACUACUUGCCGGGCAGACCCGGUGGCGCAGCGGUUUAGCGCCUCUUGCAGCCCGGGGUGUGAUCCUGGAGACCCGGGAUCAAGUCCCGCGUCAGGCUCCCUGCGUGGAGCCUGCUUCUCCCUCUGCCUGUGUCUCUGCCUCUCUCUCUCUCUGUGUGUCUCUAUGAAAAAAUAAAAUCUUUAAAAAAAAAGAAAAGAAAAGAAAACUACUUGCCAUAUAACAGUUAAGAUCUUAGUCUACUUGCUCUGUCUUAGUCUGCUUGGGCAGCUCUAACAAAGUACCAUAAACUAAGUGACUUAAACACAAACAUUUAUUUCUCAUAGUUCUGAAGGAUGGAAGGCCAACAUGAGGGUAUUAGCAUAAUCAGGUUCUGAUAAGGGCUCUCUUCCUAGUUUGCUUUGGCCUCCUUCUUGUUAUGUCCUCACAUAGUAGGGAAAGAGAUGAGAAUGGGGUCCAGGGUAGUGGUGGGGUGUAUGUAAAUGCUCUGGUAUCUUUUCUUACAAAGACACUAAUCCCAUCAUGAGGGCCUCACCCUCAUGACCUCAUCUAAACCUAAUUAACUCCAAAGGCCCCAUCUCCACAUAAGAUCACAUUGGGGAUUAAGGCUUCAACAUAUGAAUUUGGGGGAAAACAGUUCACAGCAAGAAUGUGACACUACUAAGGACACUGCUAAAAAAAAAAAAAAUCACUAUAAGCACUUGUUCUACAGUGUCCUUUUUUUCCUAUGGUCAGUGCCAUCCAUCUCUCCCUGUGAGGAUUUUAUUUUAUCUUAUUUUAUUUUAUUCUGGCAAGCUGAUGAGAUUUCAGCUCUAAGUUAUUUUCACAUUCCAAUAUUUUUUUCUCUGGUAUUUACUCCAAAUAACCUUGUUUGGACUCGGGUGUCCUUAAAGUUUCCUCAGCCACACAUUUGCAAAUGAUCUCAUCCUUUCCAUUCUUUAAAAAUAGUAUUAUUUUUUCCUGAUUGCAAAAAGAAGACAUUUUCAUUGCAGAAAAUUUAGAACACAGAAAAGUACAAGGAACAAAACUGAAACUUCUCUUAAUGUAAACAACCAUUUUAUUUUGGUUCUUUUAUAUUUUGCUCUUGCAGUUUUAGGGGAUGUCUUAUUUUCAGAAAGAUACAUCAUCCACUGAAUUAGGUGAAAGGCAACAUAAAUACUUUGUAUUUGACUUCUGUGAAAUAUACAUAUUGAAGUACUUUUGUUGUAUAUAAAGAAUACUGAGCCUUCCAAAUAAUCAUUCAUUCACCUGGUAAUAAAACAGACAAAUCCUUGCCUUCAUGGAGCUUAUGUUUUAAAAUCCAUUUAGUCACUCACUCAAAAUGCACUUAUAAUAUGCUUACUGUGUGCCAGCCAUUAUGCUAAAUGCUGAGGAAUACAGUGAUAACCAAGAUGUGUGAGGGCUCUGUUUAAUGGAAUUUGAAUUCUAGUGGGAAACUGAGACUGUGAAGAAAACAGAUAUGAAUGAAAUAUGAUACUCGCCUUCAAGAGUCUUAAAUGGAAACAAGGUAUUUACAAACAGCUGUAAUCCAAAUGAAUGAUUCAAAAGUGUUCUAAGUGAGCAAAAUUUCCUGAAGGAGGCAAAACUUGAAUUGGACCUUCAAUUUGAAUUGAUGGAUUAAUAUUAGAGAGUAAGGUGAAAAAGGAAACAACUAGAUCGAGGGCGGGCAUAUUAGAAAAGUUUGAAAUAGAAAAGCCUGGAAUAUAGUAAAUAAUUGGCACUUAAGGAUGAUGAAGAGAAUUAGUGACAGGACUGGAAAAGAAAAUUGGCAGUUAAAUUGUACCAAGUAGAUCAUUGACCACAUUUCUAUUUUUAUUACUAGCAAUAGCAAUUUAUUGCUUCCCAAAGUACAGAAUCAUUUAUAUAGAGGAUUUUUUAAGCUAUUUCAUCAUGUCAAACUUAGUGAAAAAUGCUGUCAUUAAUAAGGUUCUCAUUCGUCAAAAGUGUUUUGCUUUCAGUUAAAUGGUUGCAAAUAUAAUCAACUUAAUAAUUUUUAAGUUACUAUUGAGUUUUUAUAAGAAACGACAUUGAUGUUUUUUAAACCCUUAUUAAAUUUUCAUCACUGUUAUCUUUAAAUAAAGGACAUUUUUGAAAUGUUUCA